CAGUCUUUGAUUUAUAUACCUACAGUUUUCCAACUAAUCAGUUUCCAUGUUUCUAUUUACAAUAUUUAGAUAUUUAUAUAAUGUAGACAUGGUAAAACACUCCUGGUUGUAUAUCGAGAACAUCUCAACUCACCAAAACCCUACUUCGUAUCUAUAACAUUUGUAUGGGUAAAACUCCCAAUUUUACAUUUACAAUAUCUGAACUGGUCAAUCUCUAAUAUUCUUUAAAUAUUUUGGUCGUGUCAUGACCAUCUCAUUUUUUUUUUUUUUGUCAUGUGUACGUCUCAGACUACAUUAUUCAGAUUUAAGGAAGAUUUAGCUUGUAUUUCUAGCAAGCUGAGCUAACACAUUGGGGCUCUUUCAUUGAUUUGUCAUUAGUCAGUUUUAAACAAGGGUAUUUUGUUUUGGUUAUGCUGUUAUUCGUUUCUUAUAUUCUUGUAUGUAUGUGUGUGUGUGGCCUAAUGAGUCAUAGGACCUAAGACGGUAAUGUGCUGGGGUUGAUAGUGAUGAUGAUGAUGAUGACGACAACAUCUGUGUUUGAGUGUUUUAAUUGAGUUAUAUGACAAGGCUGACAUGGUUUCAUUCUAAUUGCAGUUCUAGUCUGGAUAAACGAACCAAAGAUGGCAACACAGCUCUCCAUUUAUGUGCUCAACUCAACAAAUCUGAAUGUAUAAAGUUGAUACUGCGUACCAAACCAGACAUGGCUUCACUCGAGAACAAUGCAGGCCAAGCUCCUCUAGACAUUGCCAUUGAAAAUAACCACCAACUUUGUGCUGAACUGAUAAAAGCUGCUUUGGAGAACAGAAAAGAUUUAUUUGAAAACGUCAACAUUGACUGGGAUCUUAUGGUGGAGGAGCCCCAAUGUCAGCUUGACUGUUAUAGUGACGAUGAUAUUGAUGGAGUACCGGAGUACAAGAAACCACGAUCGAGACCGUCGAGUGUGAUUGGUAUCAAUGAAACAUCAAGUGCAGCCUCAGUUUCUCGAGAGGCUGUCUAUCGAGAUAAGGGAGAACUUGAGACCAGUCGGCCCCCGCCAUUGCCACCACCUCUAAACAAACCGACAAAAUCUAAGCUGAGAUCCUAUCUAUCCCGUAGCAAACUGAAGUCAGCAUUAUUUGCAUCAGGUUUGAAUCACUAUAGCAUCGGUGGAGCGGCACCUUCACAGACCAACGGAACCUUGCUGCACACCACUUCCUACAGCUAUAAUCACAGCGGUGCAGGCGGACCAAGUCUGCCUCCACUGCCGCCCAAAAAGAAGCCACCAGCCCCUGUUCCACCGCCAACAUCUGGCCAUACAAGGAACUGGUCCGAGCCCAAUGCCUCUUUCUUGGGUCACUAUCGUACGCCUUCAGACCCGCCACCUCCACGGUUCAAACCACCCAGUCCUGAGAAUCGCAAUACCAUGCAUGUUCCUGUAGGUUCCAAGGUGGUAUUACAAAAGCCUGCAGAAUCGGAGAGACAAAGAUAUUCAUACGGGAGUGUCCUCCCUCCACCUCUCCCGCAUCCUCGCAGUACAAGAGCUUCCUCUUUGAAUAGCGCUGAUUUGACCCUACGUAAUGAUCGAAGUCGUUCUCGUGACAGAAUUGAUCCUGGGGGGAGAGUUGAAGAGACUCAGGGCAAAGACUUUGUAGCACCACCUGUUCCUGUUCCACGAAUUAAGAAAAAAUCUAAUGGUAAGAGACGCUGUCGAGCUAAAUAUGAUUGUGAUGCUGAUAAUGAAGACGAGCUGACAUUUAAAGGUGGAGAAAUUAUUAUCGUCCUCCAUGAAGAGGAGGAAGAGUGGUGGGAUAUCCAAACAUCACCUUCCUUACCAAGGAAGCUUUGUUCCUAG